AUGCGUUUCACCACUCUGUUUGCCCUUGCGGCUGCCGCAGUCAACCACUGUGUCGCUACUCCUUCCAGCCAGCAUGGCAGCGCCCAGGGCGAGGUCGCCGCCGUCCGAUCCUACUUUUACGUAGGUGGAGGCUACGCCGAUGAUGGAGCGGGCGGGCAGAUCUACCGUGAUCAGAUGUAUGUCGAGAAGCUGAUCCCGGCCGGUGGCGUCCGGCAACGAACGCCCAUUGUCUUUAUCCACGGCCAGGGCCAGACAGGCAGCAACUUCCUCAACAAGCCUGAUGGUGGCCGCGGUUGGGCAUCCCAGUUCAUCAGCCAAGGAUACGAGGUCUACAUCAUUGACCAGACCUUCCGUGGCCGAUCAGCAUGGAUGCCCGCCGCCGGCGCUGCGAAGCCCUCGACCUACUCGGCCGAGAUCAUCGAGCAGCGCUUCACUGCAGGCAAGAACUUCAACCUCUGGCCCCAGGCCUCUAAGCACACCCAGUGGCCUGGAACUGGUAUGAGGGGUGACCCCGUCUUUGACACUUUCUACGUGUCCAACGUUCAGUUCAUCAACAACGCCACCUACCAGCAGUCGACGGUCCAGGAUGCUGGCGCUGCUCUCCUCGACAAGAUUGGCAGACCCGUUAUCCUUGUCGGUCACAGCCAGGGUGGCAUCAUGCCCAUUCUUAUCGCGGAUGCCCGCCCUAGACUCACCAAGGGUCUCGUUCUUCUUGAGCCCACUGGCCCUCCCUUCAGGGACGCCGUCUUCAGCACCAAGGCUGCCCGCCCCUACGGUCUGACUGACAUCCCCCUCACCUACAGCCCCUCUGUCUCUGACCCUGCCACCGACCUGGUUCAAGAGGUCCAGACCAGCCGAGGUGACGACUUCGUUGAGUGCGUCCUUCAGGCCAGCAAGCCUGCGCCUCGUCGUCUGGUCAACCUGCAGAGCAAGCCCAUCCUCAUCCUCACUUCCGAGUCGUCCUACCACAUGCCCUACGACUACUGCACUGCCGACUUCCUUCGCCAGGCUGGCUGCUCCAAGACUCAGCACCUCGAGCUUGGAGAGGCCGGCAUCCACGGCAACGGACACAUGAUGUUCAUGGAAAAGAACAGCGACGUGAUUCAGGCCGUCUUGGAGCGCUGGAUCCGGUCCACCUAA